AUGUGCCACGUGAUCGUAACAUGCCGCUCUAUGCUCUGGACGCUGCUCAGUAUUCUGGUGGCCUUCGCUGAGCUCAUCGCCUUCAUGAGCCCCGACUGGCUGCUGGGAUUCCCUCGCUCUGAUUCCAGCGUGUCCCGGGACGGCGUCGACUCUGGGGAAUACCGGCCCUCUCUGGGCCUCUACGCCCGCUGCCUUCGCCUGGGCAACAGGGGGGGAGGGGUGAGCUGCGGGCCCUAUGCCGGGACCUUCGCUGAGGUGGCCAGCGGCUUCUGGCGGGCGGCCCUAUUGUUUCUGGCCGCGGGGAUACUGGUGCUCGGAGUAGUGGCCUGCGUCUCCGUCUUCAGCAUGUGCUUCCAGAGCAUCCUGAGGAAAAGCAUUUUUAACAUUUGCGGCCUGAUGCAGGCCAUCGCGGGCCUGCUGCUCCUUGUGGGCCUCAUGCUCUACCCCGCCGGUUGGGGUUCUGAGAAGGUGAUCAGCUACUGCGGGGCCGAGGCUUCGCCCUUCAGGCCGGCUCUUUGCUCCCUCGGCUGGGCGUUCUACGCAGCCAUCGGGGGAACCCUGGCGACAUUUCUGUGCGCCGUUUUGUCCGCCCAGGCAGAGAUCGCCACCUCUAGUGACAAAGUGCAGGAGGAGAUAGAGGAAGGCAAGAGUCUCAUCUGCGUGCUUUGA